AUGAAUCAACCUACAAAUCAAGCAGUUAGAGGUCAACCUUUGGCACCUCAAAACGUUAAUAUUCCUGUAAAUUCACCUUUUCAUAAUCUUACUGCCGAACAAAAAUAUAAAAUUUUAACUAAUGGUACAAAUCCAUUUACUGUACAAGAAACGGAAAAUCAAGCAUCUAAACGUGUUUCUCCUUUUUCCUGA